AAAUUGGGGAAUCUGAGCUGGAAUGAAGUCACUGUGAAAAGUACAGGUAAGACGCUAGUCCCGAAGGGGUACCUCUAGGCUUGGCAUAAAGUGAGGUCAUAGCAACUUGCAUCGAUGGGUUCAGAUCCCGACGCUUUGUAUGACAGUUUGAUUCUGAAGCUGAGCGGACAUUGCAAACUGCGAGACUCCUACAAGACUUUCUUCCAAACCAAUCUGUAGCACUCGCGAUCUCCCAGUCAUAAAAUCAUUACCACACCAGACAUACCAUCAGAGUUGCCGCAAUGCAGCCAAUUCUACGUCUGGCCUCCAGAGCUCCACGAGCUUCACGCCAUGUCCCUCUUCUCUCUUCUUCCACCCAGCCGAGAAGACUCGCACAUCAGUCUUAUGGCAAUGAGCAAUCAGGCAUGCAGCAGGGACAGGACCAGCCGAACCCUAAGGCCAAUCUCGAGCAUCCUGGUCCAGAAGCUCCAGCCAAAAAGGGCACUGCGUCAUCCUCGAACUCUUCCCAGACACAAUCAUCAGGCAGUUCUGAAACCACAAGCAAGGGCGGAAGCCCAGCUAUUCAUCGCCCCGAUUCAGCAGCCGAGAAAGAUGACCCUGAAGUGAGGAAGCACAAUGAGGAGAUGGAGCAGAGACACGAGAGAUCGGUCAAUCAGCUCAGUGAGGAAGAUAACAAGGUCGAUAAAUCCUUCUGGAGUGGCGACGUAGGGCCAAAGAACGCGGGCAAGAAAACGGAUCAGAAUAGUGCUGGCGGGCAGUAGUCGACCAGAUAUAAGCUGGGUCGGGUUGUGUGCGGUCUUCUUGGUUGUCCCACCACUUUGCUCCGCGCAAACCCAAUUGGGGCGCUGGCGUUGAUUCAUGGUCGAUUGACUAUACCAUCGUGCAAAUGACAUCGAAAUCGAGUCAAGCUCGACAAAUUCGAAUGUGUACCGCGUUGAUUUUCCUG